GAACGACCCGCCAUAUACUGCUUACACUCUUGCUCAUCAUGCGGCUGCCCUUGAGUCAUAAGCUUUUAGAAGUGCUGCUGCAACAACUGCAGCUACGAGAUGACCGUUCUUGAAAAGGUUCUAUAGGCGGCCUCGUUAGAAGGUGGUCUUCAUUUUGCUCAUCGAAUCGGAAAAUCUUUGUUCUUUAGGGACGUAGUUUAAGUAUAGUAGAGAGACCUAUAGUACUGGCGGCAACUUGGGCCAAGAGCUAUAGGCAAAGAUGGGCAAAAGCUAUAGGGACGACUUUUUUUUGGCAAUCAGCACGCUCCUGCAACCAAAAGUUGGCUCAGACUUGGGCCAAAGUUGGCUCAAAGGUCUAGCCCUAAGCACUUCUUGAGUGUUUUUGUGCCGUUCAGCCGCAUGCUAUUGUUAUUUUUUUUGUGAAUUCGGGCUCUAGACGUUUUGCAAAGCGCCAUCACGAACCAGGGGCGCACGAGGAUCAAAAGUUGGCCCAAAGAUGGAGCUCAGCUCUAGAGCUUUUUUCACAAAAUCCAGCAACUUUUCCAGUUUUCCCAGUAGCCCUGUCGCGACGUAAGAAAAAGAUCCGCUUUUUCGCUUGCAAAAUGCCUGCGCGCCUUUCACUUCUCCUGGAGGAGCCAGCUUCGGGACCAGAAGCUCGGGAAGCUGCUCCAGCAUCCUUUCAAGAGCGCGGCUUUAUUUGGUUUUUCCCGAAAACCCCAGAUCCGGUAGAAGCCAGACGCCGCCGCCUCCGUUCCAAACUUUUUUUGGCUUUUUCCGGAAUGGCCAAACGCGUACACGGGCGCGGCAGAAGCCUGCUACAAAUGCGGCCUGCCAUGUUUUUCCUUCGGCGCAAAGCCAAAAGCUUUUCGGAGGUUUGCAGACUGGCCAGGCUUGUCGGAAAAGUAAAGACAAGAGGGGCGCGCUCUGCUUGCACCCAGGCGGCUUAGUAUUUUCCCAAAUCAGCUGCGGGGCAGAACCCGUUCGGAAGAAGCUGCAAGGGCCGCUUUUUACUUGUAAGUAGACAGGCCGCUUUGUCCUUACAGCGUAGCUGCUUUCCCUUUUCUUUCGCUCUUCUGCCAGAGAAACCCCAGCCCGAUAGCAGUGAAAGUCGCCUCCUCUGUCUCAGUUACAGAAAAGGCCUGUAGUAUCUGCUUUUCCAAAGGCGGGCAGAUCCUGACCAAGCCAAGCAAGGGCGCCGCUUUCAAACUUCGAGAGAGGAAGCCUGUUAUUGCUUGUUGCUCAAGCCAGAACCGAAAUACUCCAAAGGCGCAGCUUUCCGGAUCCGCAAGAAAGUAGGAAAGCCUGCCAUGCGCCCCGACGGCUAGCGCUGGCCUUUUCUCGAGCAUUUCCAAAAGCAAGUGCCCCAUGCCAUGGCCAAAGGAAACACGUAAACAAGGAAAACAUAAGCAAAGCGGCUGCAACAUUCUCUGGGCUGUUCUCCAAAUCGCUUGCGCUUCGCAUGCUGCUCGCGGCAACCUCAGGCGUGAACAAGCGAAACAAGCCGCGGCCCCGUUGGUUUUUGAAAAACGGCGCGCGGUUUUUCUUUGGGCCAGGCAAGGCGGGAGCCGGAAUUGCCAACCUCCCCAUCAUUUUUCUUUCCUAUCCCCUGAGCGAAAUCUGCUUGCUUUCACCUGGCAGGACCAGCUAGAACUAUCGCACACAGCGACCACGGGCGCCCUUGUUUCUUUUCGGCCCGUCAUCCGAUAAGGGUAGCCGAAAGAAGCUGAAGCAGCUGGCGACGUUCCGAGGUAACCAGCCGGAAAAGAAAGAGCCGGGACGAGAAAUGUGCCCGCUGGUUCACUGAACCGACUGGCCGCCAGCGGGGCGAAAUAAAAAGCCAAAAGCGCAACCAACAAAGGAAAGGCCUGCUCCUUCCUGCCAUUUUGCGGCGGCAGCGGCGCGGCUUGCUGCCUCUCGGCCUUUUCAAGUGUUGUUCUUUUUGCUUUUUCGGCCAAACAGGCUUAUAGCGCAGCACUUUUCUUCGUCCGCGUUGCCUGCCCCUCCUAUUUUCUGUAGCCCAGUUAUUGCCCUCGUGCGUUUCUUUUGCCCACUUAUACCCACCGCCUUGAGCCCUGUUGUUCUAUUUGUAUGCGUAAAUUCCCGCGCCGUUGUGCCUCCACGGCGGCGCGAGUGAGGUAUAGUAUUGCUAAGGUCGGUCGUCGUCGUGGUCCGCUGCUGCUGCUGUUGCACUCAGUACUGGUUGUACUACUUCUCAUUUAUUUUCCUCCACGUGGAGCUCGUCGGCGUGUUAGCACACCUACUCCAAUGAAUUUAUUUCUCGAUCUUCUUGUAUCUUUCAAGGGAGUUGUGUUAUAGAGUGAUAUGAAAUUGAAAUAAUACAAAUAAACUAACAUUUAAACAACAAGAUGCGGCAUACGCAUAUCUACAAUUGAAGAUGUUGAAUGCGCACAGUUCUACUUCCCGGGGUCGGGGGCCAGCUGCUCCUACGCCUGGCUCAUCAUUUGCGCAGUCGUCGAAAAGCGAUCACCACCAGCACCAGGUUCCGGAGGAGGCGAGCAGGACAAGAGCGAAUGCGAAAGGAGGAACUUCUAUAGUACAACCGAAGCACAACUACCUCUCAUCUUCCGAUCGAACAUCACAGCAGCCAUUGAGUUACGCAUUGCAAAUAUUUCUGGGUCUGGAAGGAUGCGAACUUGUGAUGCGCAUUUCACAACACACGCAAAACUCUCACGCAUGGGCAGCAAUAAAAGGUGCCCACUACCACUUCCUGUCACUUAAAAGGGGGAUUUUUUGUCAUGCGACUGUGGCAUUGCGGAAGGUUCUCGAUAUCUGUGAUGCUAGGGCCUCCAUGACAGACCUUUUGCGUCAUGCAAAAACAGCAUGGGAAAAAUCUGCAUUCUUCCAGACCCAGACACAUUUGCAUUGGAUACGAGUAGCACGAGUGCUGCACCCUCCACAACGACGCCGCAGAUUGACCCGUUAGGACAGUUUGUGCAGAGCAUCAAGUCGGGCAUCGCUACCUUGGUGCACAGCGAAGCCGUGCAGAACUUUGUGUCCGUUGCGCAAGACGUGUCCAACACCACCAAUAUCGUGGAUGUGCAACUCGUUCGCGGGUAUGAAGAAGUGCGGAAGGAGUGGCUCUUGGCGGUGCCCAGCAGCACAAGUCACGCACCCAAUGCAGCAGCUGCUGCAGCGCCGACCCUUUUUCUAUUGGGUAAGCAGUACGAAAACGCUCCGGACCAGAAGCAAUGGGAAAACUUCAAGAAGGACUUCAACCGGCUGUACCGGUGCACUUACCGGAAAAACUUUCACAAGCCGCUGGAACGGACCUACACCAAUGAUUCCAUUGUCACCAUCGACACCGACGCCGGGUGGGGCUGCAUGAUCCGUGUGGGGCAGAUGCUUCUGGCGAACUUGCUGAAGCGGCAGCUCUAUCAAAUGUAAAAAUGUCUGGGUCUGGAAGAAUUCAUGUUUGUCAUGCUUGUCUGGCAUGACUCUUACAUCGAUCUGUCAUGCACAUUACCCAAGAGCUCCGUUUUUCUGUGAUGCAGAAGCGCAGUUUAUCAUGCAGAAUAGGCAACACCUAGGAGCUCAGAAACUUGUCAUGCUGAGCCAGCAUCUGUAGCCUCAUCAUGAGACGCCACCCAGCAUUACAAGUUUCCAGACCCAGACACUUUUACUUUUGAUAAGCUCGAGCAAAGGUCGGCCACGGAACAGAAUGUGCGGGAGUCAGUGGAUGCGUUGAAGAUUUUGCGCUUCUUUCUCGACCGACCGGACGCGAAGUUCGGCCUGCAGUCGUUUCUGCUGCUGAAGGACGCUGGCGAUUGGCUUGGGCCGACCAGCAUUGCCACAACCAUCGAGAAAAUGGUGAACCACGAUGGCGUAUGCUUUGCAAAUCUGUCUGGGUUUGUAAGGAUGUAACUUGUGAUGCUGUUUUUGGAUUCUAAAAAUAUCUGUGUUGCAUGAGCAGCAAGAGGAGUCAGUUCUUGGCACGCGGAGAGGGCAUUUCUCCUGCGUAACUAGCAUGAAGUAAGAAGCUCCCAAAAAAUCUGUCAUGCUAACACCAGCAUCACAGACUCCACGGGUGAUGCAAAAUGUGCAUGACAAGCCCCGACUCUUCCAGACCCAGAUAGUAUAUUUGCAGUGCAUAUGGCGGUGGUCCGGGCAGUGCCGGGCACCAGCACCACGCUUUUCUCCACAGCACUCGACCCAUGACGGCGUCCCUGAUGAGCGGCAGUUACGAGAAGAUGGCGGAGUCUUUUGCGGUCUACGUCGAUUACGAUGGGUACAUCUAUUUGGACGAGAUCCGAAGACUUUGUAUGACCCGCUCAAACGUUACAAUCUCAAACGUGACAAUAGAAUCUGGAUUUUGUAGUAUUGCAUGAUGAGCAUGACAGACCCGCACAGCGUUCCACUUUCUGCAAUACAAAUUUCGCUAGAUCUUCUUAGUGCGGUUUGGGACUCCAGAACUUGUCAUGCGCAAUGCUGUGGGAGUCAGUGGGCUAGGUCGUGCACCUUUUGCAUCACAGAUUUCCAUCUUCUAUUGUAACGUUUGAGAUUGUAAUACCUGAGCAGGUUAUACUUUGCCCGGAGCUCUUCUACCAAGGCGCGGUCGACCGUGACAAAAAGGCGGAACAAGAACGGGCGGCACACCGCGGCGAAGUCGUAGACGAGGACGACGGGCAGCACGGCAAAGAAGGCAGUGCUGACAGCAAGAAACCGAAAAUAAACAAGGGGCUGCUCCUGCUUCUUCCGUUUCAACACGGAACCGAGCAGUACAUGCCGGCGAUACAGCAGGCGCAAGUGUCCUACUACCUGAAAAUUCCGUACACGAUGGGCAUCCUUUCGGGGAAGCCGCGGAAUAUUGCAAGGAAAAGUCCCCCCUCCCCAUAUUGAAAACAUGUCGCUUCGAAAAUUUGUGAUGCAGACUUGUGACCACAAAUCCGGUCUGUCUUGCCAGAAGGCAAAUCCAGAGAGUCCGCCACGAUAUGCGGGCGGUUUGUAAUGCUGCAAGGCCUACAGGGCAGACGUCUGCCAUGCUAGGCCCCUACACCAAAAGGACCCCCCUUGGGCUUGCGAUCUGCGUGCAAUGCUUUCCUGCAAGACAGAUGUGAUUUGUGUACACAAAUCCCGCGCCACAGAUUUCCGUUUUGAUAUGGGGAGGGGGGAUUUUUCAUUUUGAUACGGAAGGCGCACUAUUUUGUGGGCUGUCUGAACGAGGACCGACUGCUGUAUCUAGACUAUCCCACAGAAAAAGACAGGCAGGUCAUAUUUGUAAUGCAAAAAUGGAUACGCAAGAAAACCUGUAUUGCGAAUCCAAAACAGCACGCUAUGGGGCCGCCCAUGAGAGAUUUUUCCUGUGUAAUUUAUUUUUGCAUUACAAACAUGCCCUGCCUGCUUUUUUCCCUGGGAUAUAAACCCGCACGUGGUUCAGGAGGCCGCCCUGAACCUGAAACAAAGCUCCGCCGCCGCUUGCAAGAAGCAAAACAGCAUGAUACAAGCAAGCGGCGCAAUAUCAACUUCUUCCCCCUUCGAAAACAACGACACUUGGCCCCGUCGACAGAAGGACAAAACUUUGCUUUCUCACGCGACGUAUGCACUGCAAAAAUGUCUGGGUCUGGAAGGUUGGAACUUGUCAUGCCAAAUCUGAAUCAUGCAAAAAUCUGUGUUGCAUGAUUACCAAAUGCUGUCCACUUUUGAUCAAGUUGAGAGGCCGUUUCUCAUGCAGGAUAGGCAUGAUAGAUAGUGAUCUCACGGAAUCUGUCAUGCUAGGUCCUUCAUUACAGAAGAUCAUAUGGGUCAUGGAAAACCCGCAUGACAAGUCGAGCAAAGUUCCAGACCCAGACACUUUUGCAAUCCAUACGACGUUCCACCCUGCGUCGCGAGCGGCAGGAGGAACUGCAGCGGGUAGUUGUUCUCACGCAGAGCGGAAAAGGAGCUCCUCCUCCAGCGGCGCGACAAGCAGCUCAACUUCGGCGGGGCCGCCGACUACUUCCUGCGCUUUUGCAGCUGGGUCAGUUGUGCCCUCAAAGCUGCCUCCCGGUGGCGGGAGUGGUUGUACUACUAGCCUGCCUAGUACAACGAACCCGGCGGCGCCGAGCACUUCCGUAACUGCCGGGACGAGUGCCUCGAAUUUUUUAUCCGUGUUCCAAAGUUCGGCAACCUCCAUUGCGGCCAAGGGCAGUCGGUUGCUGCGGCAUCUGUCCUCGGAAACCUCGGCUGCGAGCUUGGAGAGCAGCAGCGGUGCAGUACUGUGAGGAAAAAUCCCCCCUCCCCAUACCAACCCGGGACACUUCUGAAAAUUUGUGAUGCUGAUUUGUGACCAAAAAUCGUCUCUGUAUUGCAAGAAGGCAAAUCGAAAAACCCCGCCGCGUAGUUCUGCAGGAAAUCUGUAAUGCUGCAUGGCCUACAGAGGAUGCGACAGCCUUGCUAGGCGCCUACACCAAAACGCCCCUACUCAGGCUCUGCAUCUGCCUGCAGUCCUCUACUGCAAGACAAAGCCGAUUUGAGUACACAAAUUCCGCAGCACAGAUUUCCAUUUCGAUAUGGGGUGGGGGGAUGUUUCCUUUUGAUAUGCAGCAGCUCACCUCGUCCAGAGAAGCUUCACCAAGGAAUCCGCGAGCGUCAGUGCUACCAGUAGGGCCAGUAUCAAACAAAAAAAGUUCGUCACGAUCACUCAUGCGCAUUUUUGCAAUACAAAACUUUCUGUCAUGCGUAAAAAUGCAUCACAGCCGAACUUCAUAGGGGAUUUCCCUAGUGUUUCUGCAAUACAAGAAAAAUUUGUGAUGCUAAACAAACCCUGCAAGUUAGUGACUGUGACAAACUUUUUUCUCUCCAUAGCCAGUGCUGGUGACAUGAGGAAAACAAACGAACCACAAGGGUCUACUAGUGCGACGAACAUCGUGGAAGCGGAACCAAUUCUGGUCGACGAAGACACGUAUCAAAUGCAAAAAUGUCUGGGUCUGGAACAAAGCAACUUGUCAUGCUGUUUUUGGACUCUCAAAAAAUUUGUAUUGCAUGACCAGCAAGAAGAGUCUAGUUUGGGCUACGCGGGGAGGGCAUUUGUCAUGCGGAAUAGGCAUCACGAAGCCCUCAAAAAGUCUGUGAUGCUAGGGCAUGCAUCACAGACAUCAUGGCCCAUGCAAAACGUGCAUGACAAGUCUCAAAAUCUUCCAGUCCCAGACAUUUUUGCAUUUCAUAACACGAGCCCAUUGGCAAGAACCGCCUCGGAGGGCGGAAACGCGGCAGCGUCCUCCGCGAGGCACGGCGGUGGAACAAGUGGGGGGUUCCUCAGUUUGUACAAGAACAGCACGGGGGGAGGUCUAGCAAGCUCGUCAGGUCCUACUUCCCGCGUCGGGCAAGCGCAAGCGCAGGAAGAACUGCAGGCAGCUACACACACUAGCAUGCCGCAAGGGCAAGAACACAGGCAGGAGCUGCGCCAGCAGUUUGUUUCUACCACAUCUUCAUCAAAAGCAAAACCUCCGACGCCCUCGUCCGCUUCAACCUCCUUUCCCGGUUCGUCGCUGCCCACCGUGCGCUCCUUUCAAGUGGAGGUGGAGAGGCACCUCCACGUUUUACCGCUGACGGAGAUGAACAGCAGCCUCUGUUUACGCAUUGCAAAUAUGUCUGGGUCUGGAAGGGUGUAACUUGUGAUGCUGCGUCUGGAUUCCAAAAAAAACUGUAUUGCAUGAGCAGCAAGGGGAAUGCAAUUUUUGCUACGCGGAGAGGGCAUUUUGUCAUGCGGAAUAGGCAUCAAGAAGCCGUCAAAAAAUCUGUGAUGCUAGGGCGUGCAUCACAGACGUCGCGGCUCAUACAGAACGUGCAUGACAAGUCUCAGAAUCUUCCAGACCCAGACACUUUUGCAACCCAUACUGUUUGACUUUUUUCGUGCAAAGCGAGGCGGAGCUGAUGGACUUGUGUGAGAAUUGGCUCGGCGGGGAUGGCGCUGGAACGAACAGCGAUUACAACGACCCCCAUCUUCAUCAACAGCAAAGGAUGUUGAAUAAAAACUCAUGGGUCACGGUGGAGAAAAAAAAGCCCGAGGGUUUGACGCAGCUGAUGAAAACCUCGCACAACUCUUUCAUGCUGGACUCCCAGCACUCGUCCAUGCUGUCGAGCCAACAAACCAUGUCUGACUCCUUUCUGGAUGACGACCGCAGCCGGUCGCGGACCCACGGACUGAUGAGCGCGGGCGGAAACAACUUCGAUAUGAAAGCGAGCUGGGGCGGGUCCAGCGUCCAGUCCGUGGAGCAAUCGCCCGCUGCGGGAGGCGGGUCUUCGUCCUUCCACGAAAUACACAGUCACAACCUGUAUGCAGUGAAAAAAGUCGUGCUACAGUUACACGUUGAAGAGCUGCAGGCCAAGCAAGAGAGACAACCUCUGUCAUGCCGGAUAGGUGGCAUAGGAGCCUUGUUUUUCCAUCAGUAAUACGUGUUUUCCCUUAGUAGAACUUGCAUUGCAAGUUUUCUCUCUCAGGCACAGAAAAGUUGUGAUGCUGAAACUCUAGCAGAUGUGUAACUGUAACACACUUUUUUUUCUGGAUAGUACGAGUAACGGUUUCACGAGUAUCGGAACAUCAGCAGGAGUUACCGGCGCGGUAGAAAAGCUUUCUUUAUUGGGGUCGAAAGAGGAAAAAUCUGCGUAUUUGCAGCAGCACCAAGGGAACGGCAAUCGCAGCAGUUCCAGCAGUGGAUCCAAUUUGUCGGUCAAGUUGGUGGUCGAGGAAGAGUCCUUUGCGAAUCACAGCCAUGUGGGCACUAGUAGUGGUGGUACAUCAACUACUAGGGUAGAAGCGGUAGACCCUUCUUCAUCAGGCGGUGCGACUACACCUGGGAUGAUUGGUCAUCAAUCUCUUCUACACGGCGCACCAAAUCAGGAUCGGAAGAAAAAGAAACGCGCUUUGACGCGUGAAGGCGCGAUUUUGGAGACGUUCGAAGUGUUGUCGCCGAGCAUCGUGUAUGCACUGCAAAUAUGUCUGGAUCUGGAAACCCAAACCUGCGAUGCUUAAUUGAGCAUGGUUGAAGCGCUUGCAAUGGCAGCCAAGCAUGGUAAGUUUUUGAGACGCCUGCUGAUGCCUAGCACGCAUCACAAAUUGCGUUUUUGCAUGACAAAGGAAGCUCCUCUUUUGCUGCUUAUACAAAAGAGAUUUUCCAGGAAUGCAAGACACGCGUCACAAGUUCCACUGUUCCAGAGGACCCAGACAUAUUUGUAUUUGAUAUCGUGUCCGGUGCCAGUAGCACCCGGGGGGCCGCAGCAGCGGCCAGGAGUGGCAACAACUACAACCGGGCGGCCGCCGCCCCGAACAAUCGCAGUUAUAGUAUUAAUGCAGGCGGGACCACCUUCGCGGGGGCUCCGGCUCCGCCUCCGGCCGGGUUUAGCAACGUCGUGCCUGCAGCUGCGCGGGGGGGAACAACCGGCUCAAGUACAACUUCUAGUUGUCCACCUGGAGGAGCUGAAGGAGAACAAGGUCCGUCCUCCUCCGGCGCCAACAAUGUGAUGCUUGCGAACAAUGCUCAUCUGCAAGGACAUAGCCAGACCAAUAAUACAACAAAUGGCGGAGGUGGGGGCCCAACAGCCGGGCGUGGGCAACAUCUACCGCCGGCGCCCACUGCGAGCAACCUGAUCCGCGUAAACCCCCCGGCGACGGCACUGCAGAAGGCAACCGCGAAAUCGCAGCCGUCCUCGCCCAGCAGAAUGAUACACAAGCGCAGCCACAACGAUUUGCAAACGCAGCUCGAGAAAUCGCUGCAGCAGCGGAAGUAUUCAUUGCAAAAGUAUAUUGCACCAGUACAAGUUGCGUCACAAAUAUAUGAUUUUGGCAGGAAGAAGAGUGGAAUCUCAAUCUGUGAUGCUGGUGCAGGUUAGGAGAAAGAUUUGUCUUGCGUGACUGCAAUUAUACGAGUACGAUGCUUCUGCAUUUGAUACAAGCCUGAGUAAGGACGACGACUCGCUGGUGGUGAUUGCGAAAAACAACCAAGUUCACCGGUUAGACAACAGUACGGAGGAGAUGAUUGGGAUGAUAUCCCCCGUCGUGAGUCCGCCGUUCGUGAAGGUAGAUCUGCCUACUUUGCAAGAGCCUGUGAUGCCCGGGUCUGCCGAAGACGACUUUGAGUCCGUGGACAUCAUAUGCAUUGCAAAUAUGUCUGGGUCUGGAAGGUUAGAACUUGUGAUGCUCACUUUGGAUUCUGAAAAAAUCUGUAUUGCAUGACCAGCAAGAGGAGCCCAGUUUGUGCUACGCGGGGAGGUCAUUUGUCAUGCGGGAUAGGCAUCAGGAAGGCCUCUAAAAAUAUGUGAUGCAAGAUCAUGCUUUACACACGUCCUGCUGAGUCAUGCAAAAUAUGCAUGACAAACCUGGUAACCUUCCAGACCCAGACGUUUUUGCAAUUGAAACAUCAUCGGUGAUUCCGCGCACGAGUUCGCUUUGACGGGCUUUUCGCCCGUUGGCAGCUCCCCGGAGGAUGAUAUGAAUGGUGUCGGAGGAGGAGGGGGGACCACUAGGGCUUUGUCGUCGAACCAUGUAGUAGAUGUUGCAGCUGCGGCGAGCGGUAGUAAAAAGACCAUCGCGCCGCUGUCCUUAGAAAUUAUACCAAGAUCCUCUUCAGCUGCGGCCCGCGCGAGCUCGCAAGAGUGGGAUUUGCUGGAGAGCAAGACCCCAACGGGGUUGCAACUGGUGGACCACGAGGACAUGCAUCUUGGGACGGCGGCGAGACCUACCGGCGCAUCUGCAGCCGGUGUUAGUAUCAACAAUGCGAGUGGUCGAGGAACCACGACCUCCAAGGCCGCAUUGCAGUUUCGCAACUCGCGGUCCGAGAUUAUCGCGCGAGACGCGGGGAUUAACAGUGCGGGGGCGGUGCUAAGUUUGGAAGAGCAUGUAGAGAUUCUGGAGGAGGACGGGUGAGCAGCGGCACAGAAAUAUAAACAUGUUGGCUAUUGUUUGACCACAAAUGUCAAAGCCGCGCAGAGGUGAUGAAGAUUACUAGAGUUGUCCACCUGGUCCUGGUAGGUUGUCAGCUCGACGUCCAGGAGGGAAACGGUAGAAAUACGUAAGUAGGACCGUGCUGUCGUGAAUUUUCAAAGAUGUUGAUGUAGUUACUUUUUUGUGUAGAAGCAGGAGCACGGUCGUGAAGAUGGUCGCACGAAGCACAUUUCCACAGGCCGCUCCUAUUAUUGCUGCGUCGGUCUAAUAUCAAACUGCUGUAUGCAAGAAAAUAGCACCAGCUGGGGUGCAGCUGACCACUCAGUGUCGUGUGAAAUACUUCUAAAAUAUGCAGAUUUAUUUUCCACUUGUAACUUUUUUUGUUGAUCGUUCCGCUUGAUUUUAUCGAAGCGGCUUUGAUGAAUUCUUCUCUACGAUCUUUUUCCACGAGGGCAUGCGCAGGUGCCUGCAGGGUGCUGACGAAAGAACAUCAAGAAAGAGACCCUGCUUCUGAAGAAGAUGCAACCGAGGACACCAGAGCACGUUAAUUUCUUUACUCCUGGAUCAUGCCCCGGUUUUGAUGAAUUCUCAUUUAAAACUCCGAUUGAAAUUAAGAU